CAUUUUUGCUCAAGUCAUUGAGAUUUUGUCUUAUCUUCUAGCAUGAAGCUGUUCCGAUUCCUAAUUAAUUACCUUUCUUUCGCACAGGCACCAUUUUCAUUUAAUUUUCGGGAAACCGAGAAUUACCGACGGAUCGAGUUUCUUCAAUGGGGAGCAUUACCAACGGAGACAACGAGACUCUGAUCCAUCCACUUCUAUCAGAAUCGUCAAUAAUAGAUGGGGCUGAAAAUCGAGAUGCCAAAGAACUUGCAUCAAGGUUCUGGGUCGAAUCAAAGAAGCUAUGGCACAUUGUCGGCCCAGCCAUCUUCAGCCGCGUCGUAAACUACUCCAUGAACGUCAUCAGUCAAGCUUUUGGUGGCCACCUCGGCGUCACGGAACUCGCUGCCAUAUCCAUCGCCAUAAAUGUCAUCCUCGGCUUUAGUUUCGGCCUCCUGUUAGGGAUGGCGAGCGCAUUGGAGACACUGUGUGGUCAGGCUUUUGGGGCGAAGAGGUACGACAUGUUGGGCAUAUACAUGCAAAGGUCAUGGAUUGUGCUCUUCCUCUGCUGCAUUCUACUCUUGCCCAUUUACGUUUUUGCCGCUCCGAUUCUGAAACUCUUAGGACAGUCCGACGAAGUUGCAGAGCUGUCGGAGUUGGUCGCUCUCUGGCUCUUACCGUUGCUCUUCGGCUUUGGGUUUCUGUUCCCAAUGCAGCGGUUCUUGCAGUCCCAGCUCAAGACCUAUGUGAUUGCUUGGGCGUCUUUGGCAGCUUUAAUAGUUAAUCUAUUGAGUACAUGGCUUGUCGUUUAUGUGUGGGAUUUUGGGCUUGUUGGUAUUAUUGUUGCUUUGGACAUAUCUUGGUGGGUUUCUGUCCUCGCAUUGUGUGGAUACGCCAUGUUUGGUGGAUGUCCUCAAACUUGGAAUGGAUUCUCUUUUCAAGCCUUUUCGGGUCUCUGGGAAUUCAUCAAACUCUCUGUUGCUUCGGGAGUCAUGCUCUGCGUAGAGAACUGGUACUACAAAAUACUGGUGUUGAUGACUGGAUACUUAAAAAAUGCCACUCUUGCCGUGGAUGCCUUGUCAAUCUGCAUGAGCAUCAAUGGGUGGGAGAUGAUGAUCCCUUUUAGUUUUUUCGCUGGUACCGGAGUAAGGAUAGCCAAUGAACUUGGAGCUGGUAAUGGCAAAGCAGCGAGAUUUGCAGCUAUCGUCUCAGUGUUCUAUUCCAUUCUAAUCGGGCUCUUUUUCUGUAUACUAAUCUUGAUAGCUCGCGACAAGAUUGCAUACAUAUUCACAUCUAGUAGUGAUGUCGUCCAAGCAGUUGAUAGUAUGUCAUAUCUCUUAGGCGUCACAAUUUUACUUAAUAGUGUUCAGCCAGUUUUAUCAGGGGUAGCCGUUGGAUCAGGACGGCAAGCAACAGUUGCAUAUAUAAAUUUGGGAUGCUACUACAUUAUUGGACUUCCUCUUGGAGUUCUAAUGGGAUGGAUCUUCGACUUGGGCAUUAUGGGUAUUUGGGGAGGGAUGAUCUUUGGUGGGACUGCCGUCCAGACUAUAAUAUUGGCUAUCAUAACGUUAAGAAGCGAUUGGGAUAAGCAAGCUGAGGAAGCUAGCAAGCGACUAAAUAAGUGGUCAAAACCCCAACAAGACGAUCAUUCGGAGGUUUAUUAAUGUUAAUUAGCAAGUAAAUUUUUGUCAUAAUUAAAGUAAAUUUGUCGCUUUUAUUUGUUUUUUUAAGAACUUUGGUCAAGCAUGUUCUUAAAUAUCUUUGAGAUAAUGGAGGAGUACUGCUUAAUUCA